AUGUCCCAACGCAGCCUGCUGCCAUUCGUCGAAUUCCGACUGUCAGACAGCAAAGGCGACUUACUAGAGCGGAUUUCCAAAUUGGAGUAUGAAAAUGGAGCUCUUCGAACCGAAAAACGCCUACUUGAACAGAGUAGCGACUCACUGAAGAAGAGGUAUGAGGACCUUCUUUCACGGAAAAACGAGGAGUUGGCCGCAUUACAAGGCAAUUUCGACUACGUGUUCAACCAGAGGAAGGAGCUACAAAGCAAAUUGCAGAACCAGAAGGAUAUCGCUGGGAAAAGCUCGUCUGACUCGUUGGCUGAAUCCUCCACAUUGAAGAAAGAAAACAGGCUGUUGAAGCAGCAGCUUGAUCGCUUGGAAAGGCUGUACAACAGCGUGACAGGCAAAUGUGAGCAUCUCAGGGCAGACCUCAACCGGGAGCUUUCAGCCAACGACCAAUAUAGAGACCAGGUCAAGGUGCUUGAGAAAGAGAUCCUGCGCUUGUCUCAGCUUAAUGAUGACUUGACCGAACGUCUCAGGAUGGCAAAGAGACAGUCAGAAAAUGGCUCUGUUAUCAAGACGGCUGAAGACCUACGGUUGAGAAACAUGUCUCUCCAACAGACCAACAGCCAGCUUCAGGCCAAGGUGGAUCUGCUCCUCCAGCACAAGACGAGUGUUGAGCUUUUGAGACAAAAAUGUGCUUCGUUGUCCAAUAAGGUGGAAAGCCUUGAAAGUGCCGAUCGCAGAGCUGCUCAGCUGGAAAUCGGUCGUCUUGAGAUCAAAGCCAAGUUCGACGAGUACUUUGGCUUUUUGGCACAGAACUUGGAAGGCGGUGAUGAUGCCGAAAGCCAAGACGCCAAAGUUUCCAGCCUUCUUCUGGAUUAUAGAGGUUUGCAGAACAAGAACUUGGUUCUCUACGACAAGCUCAACCAGGCACAGGUGUCUAUCACAGAGCUUACGCAGUCAGGCGAGCAACUUAUAGCCAAAUUAGAGCAGGAGCUCGAGCCUGAGAAUCAGAAAUUGAAGGAAGAGCUUGAAAAGGUGCAGGCUGAACUCAAGGAGCUUCAGAAGAUAAAACUUCUCAACACUCGUGAGAUCGAAUUUCUUCGCAGAUCUGUCAAAGAGCUCGAUGCUGCUUUGUUGCGCAAGCUGAGUGCCAGCUCUGAAAAUGAAGACAAAGACAAGAGCCAGGCGACUAACCAGUAUCUCUCCAAUUUGGAGAAGUUGGUCGACGACUAUAAGAAAGAGAUUGAAACCUUACGUCAGGAGAAGAAUGGCGUCAGCGUUGCGCCUUUGGCACCUACAAAGCGUCCAAGAAUUCUAGAAGACGAUACGCACGUUUUUAACACGAAGACGCUUCGAAACGAGAACAUCGAGCUACUUUCCAAGAUAAAGGGACUCAAAGAUGAGGUUAGCAUUCUCAAAAAUAAGCUUGACGCUUAUGACAACGCAACAACCCAAACGACGCAUAUUCUCGAACUCAGGAAGAACCCGUUUAAUAGAGACCAGCUUGUCAAGCAAGAGACGCUUGAUCUUCUUCGCAAGGAAAACGAAGCACUCAUUACAAAGUUCGUCAACAAUGCGGAUGUCGAAACUGUUCCAAUGGCUCUUUUUGCAAGACAAGAGAAUGAUAAGGAGAAUCUACAAAGCAAAAUUGAUCAGCUUAAUAAGAAGAACAGUCGCUUGACAAGUGUCUACACAGACAAAAGCAAGAAGAUCAUGUCUUUGGUGUCUAAAUUCUUUGGCUAUUCCAUUGAGUUUGUCCCAAGUCCUAUGAACCCUAAUGAUUUGUGUUCGAAAAUGAAACUCUAUUCCAAGUUUCAGAACAGAAAUGGAAAAGAGUCCGAAGCGUGCUAUUUGACCCUCGACCCCAUGGUGCCUACGACUUCCGCAACCUAUGUUCUGAAUUAG